AUGGAGGCAGUUCCGUCCUCCGGCUCUGCUUGUUUCCAGCACGUGCGAAGUCGCAUUUGGUUCUCCUUGCCCGUGUAUCCCCUACGAGAACGACCCACGAUUGCAGAAGAGGAACCUUGGGCAGAAAUCAACGGAUACCUUGUACAUGACUCAGCGAAUUGGCGUGAUCUCAAUUUGAAGUUUGUUAUUCUAUGCUGGAGAGAUUACAAGCUUAUUGUUGACAAAUACUACGAUAAAGAAGAUGUAAGCAAGCUGCGCUCUAGGUUGAAGCUCUAUAUUUGUAUUAAGGCCAGGAAAGUUCUUGACUACUUCUACAAGUUAAGCGAAGUGGUCAUUCGCAAUGCUCUCAAAGAAUGGGAUCCGAACCAUGAUGGAAUGAUCGAAAAUUCGGGAACCCCCGAUCAAACAUACGACGCUUGGACGAUGACGGGAGCGAGCCGCUUGUCGUGCAGUGCUUACUGUGGCUCGCUUUGGCUGGCUGCAGUAUAUUCAACAAUAUGUAUGGCGGAUGAACUCGGGAAGAAAAGCACAAUGCAUAAACUAAAGUAUCUCGAAGAAACUCUAGAAAAAGCGAAAGUGGCAUACGUGAUCAAGCUGUGGAAUGGGAGGUUCUUCAACUUCGAUGAAUCUGCAAGUAAUCAGGGCUUGAUAAUGGCUGACCAAAUUGGUGGGUUAUGGUGUCUCACGAUGCUGCAAGAAAACGAAAUUAUUCGUGAAGAUAAUGUAAGCACCAGCUAUUAGUU